UGCGAGAGGACGAAAGCCUACCGCUUUGCACCGAAGAAGAUGCGAUGAUGAGAGAGACGUGAAAAUUGACAUCUAUCCUGACUAUCCACCGCCAUCUCGGUCCCUGUCGUCUCCCUUGAUUUGGAGCCAUCCAAUUCCAGCCGGCCCGUCAACCAAAUCCACACAGCCAGCCCACUCCACUUUCCAAUCUAUCCAUUGAGCUACAAAUCUCGAGCUCACUAAAACCGCUCGGUCGAAAUUCAAGAUUCCAUCGAUUACUACUAGGAAUUCCCCGCGCCGACAAUUCCUAAUCUUCAGGAGCACUCUAUAAAUGCAUCUUCUUCCCGCUGGUGCUUGAGGUGGGUCGAUUCGCUUUCGAGCCUUUUUUUCCAGGGGGUUUCGCUCCGAUUCGACGUUCCUUCACCAUUGGAUUGUUGGGUCUUCGUGUGUGGAUCCAAUCUUGAAAUGGUCGAUCACUACACCCCCAAGCUCGUUGACCAGUUGGCAGUCAUGGCGAGUACUCUGAGUUCUCUCGACUCCUUCCCCAAAUCGAGGCUGAACAAUCAUGCUCAUCGCAAUCGAAAACAGCCUUCUCCGCCCAGCUGCUCGAAUUUCCCGGCUUGUCCUCACAUCUCGAGAUCCGCCGUGAUCGAUAUCGUGAUCUUCAUCGCAGUUGUUGGUGCUUUCGGGUUCUUGCUCUACCCUUACGUCAAAUUGGUAGUUGUCGGAUCGAUUGGAAUGAUCGGGGUGAUCUCUUAUGCAGUCAAGGAUGAGAUUUGUGAUGCUCCACUGAUUUAUGGAUCCAUUGGGUUGAGUGUGUUCUUUGCUGCUCUGGCUACAUGGGCUCUCGUGAUGUGCACGAGCCAGAAGUGUGGGAACCCGAACUGCAGGGGCCUUAGGAAGGCGGCGGAAUUUGACAUCCAGCUCGAGACUGAGGAUUGCGUGAAGAAUUCUUUGCCCCCGGACGGGUCCAAGAGUUGCCUGUUUGAACUUCCUAUUAAUCACCACCGGGAAAUCGAAGCAGAGCUGAAGAAGAUGGCACCGCCCAAUGGGAGAGCUGUUCUUGUUUUCCGAGCAAGGUGCGGCUGCUCUGUUGGGAGACUGGAGAUUCCAGGGCCGAAGAAGCCUCGGAAGAUCAAGAAGUAGUAGGGGAUACUUCUUCCUGAAUUCUUACUCGAUGAACAAAGUCUAGUCCGAUAGCAUACACAGGAAUAAUAAUUCCAUUGCAUAUAAAAGGCUUAUUCUAGUUAGUACCAUCGGAACCAUAAGCUCUGGCUGCAAUAAUAUGUAAGGAUCAAACAUUUCAAUUUAUCACGGUGGGAACAUAACCGGAUUCCGUUAUCUUGCUUUCAUCAACUUUAUGAAGGAUUUUAUCAAUCUUCUAUGGGUUGCUUCGGUAGUAAAUGAUUAAGGAUAUUUUCUUUUUUUGUGGUGCCCAGUGGGGGCUCACCUUUGAUGAACUUUUCAUGCCACAUAGAUGUUAGAUUAUUGCCAAUGAUGCUGGAUAGAAUUGUUUAGGUGCUUCUCUUUACCUUGACAUUUCAUUAGUUUGACUGCUUAAUGGAUGGAGACGGUGAAAAGUAAAGAGGGUGGAAUGCAUAUUAUUUUAAACAUGAUUAUGAAUAGUCAAACUCAUGCCCGAUCCAUCAUACUGAUGUCUCUGUUUAGAACUUUUCUGCAUUAGUCAGGAGCUCCUGUUAGUUUAAGUAGUAGGGUUUUCACACGCUUUUCGAUCAUCACAAGAAGAUCGAGGAAAAGGUUUAUGAAAAUGAUUCCAAUCAAUGUGGCCGAGUACCAUGUAGUCCUGCUCACUGAUUGCUGGUACAUUGCGAUACGAUUCUUCCCAAUGCUUAUGGUGAUACAUGCAGCAUCCUUUGUUAUUAUGAACCAACACGUGAUGUAAGCAAGCUAUUCUCGUGGUUCAUGUACUUGGAUUUGACAUACUAUUGUACUGCAAUUAAUGUUCAUUUUGCUACUCCUUUAGAUCAAUCUUGGUUUGAUUUCAUUCUUGUUGGCAGGAAGUGUGAGACUGGUACUUGAGAACCUUUGUCCCUGAAUGUGCCUGUUUCAAGAUUCAUCAUCUUACAAUGUCAGGCAGAAAGUAGAAUUUUAGGCUCCCAGGUUGCUCACUAUAUAUAUAUAUUUUUUAAUAAUUCAUUGUCGAUUAACUUACUAGAAUUCGAAAAUACCGCUGCCUGCUGUUUCAUGAGUUCUCAAGUAGUACUAGUCUGGAAGAAUCAGUUUCUUAGGCAAGGCAGCAAUGAAUUUUAAAAGGUGGAAUAUCUUCAUCUAUAUUCUCUCAAGGCAUGACUGAACUGACAGUUUCAGACACUGACAGAUGAAUCUGUGGUCUGCCUUCAAGUGCCAAUAUUUCGAUUUUCUGAUAAAUCUGUACUUCUUCAGCUGAACAUAUGUACAUCUUGAGUUGCUGAAGAAGAACUAUGGAUACUGCUUGUUCUUGUUCUGUUUCUGCUCCUAGGUAAUAAGCUUUUGUCAUGAUUC